AUGACUGGGAGGAAUCAGACGUCUGUCAUUGAAUUUGUCCUCCUCGGUUUUUCCCAUGUUCCCAGGUUGCAACCACUUCUCUUUGUGCUGUUUCUAGGGAUGUUUCUAAUCACGAUGCUGGGAAAUGGCCUCAUUGUACUCUUGACUGUGGUUGACGCUGCCCUCCACACACCCAUGUAUUUUUUCCUCCGGAGCCUGGCUCUGGUGGAGAUCUGUUUCUCAUUGGACAUUGUGCCCAGAAUGCUAGAUCUAGUGGCUGGAAGAGGCAUCUCUUUGUUGGGCUGUGCCCUCCAGCUCUUUCUCAUUCUGUCCUGUGUCACAUCAGAGUGCUUCCUCCUGACAGUCAUGGCCUAUGACCGCUAUGUGGCCAUCUGCCACCCCUUGCACUAUGGGAUGCUCAUGAACCAGAGGCUUUGUCUGCUUCUGGCAGUAGCAUGCUGGGUGGCAGGCAUCCCGGUCUCUCUGCUGUUCACUAUUUGGCUCUUCCGCUUCCCAUUUUGUGGGCCCCGAGGAGUUCGCCACUUCCUCUGUGACGUAGCCCCACUCCUGAGGCUGGUGUGUGCUGACACAUCUGUCUUUGAGGCUUACAUCCGGGUAGCCACAGUGCUUGUGCUCAUGGUCCCCUUCUUUCUCAUCACCGUAUCCUAUGGCCGUGUGCUGGUUGCUGUUGUGCGAAUGCCCUCAGCCACUGGGCGCCAGAAGGCCCUCUCCACCUGCGCCUCCCAUUUUGUGGUUGUGACCCUAUUCUAUGGCACAGCUUGUGUCAUCCACCUCCAGCCCAAGUCCAGCUACUCUCCCGAGAGCAAGCAAGUUGUGUCCUUGUCCUAUACCCUCGUCACUCCCAUGCUCAACCCCAUCAUCUACAGUCUGCGGAACAAAGAGGUAAAAGCUGCCCUAUGGAGAGUGUUGGGUAGGAAAAAAGGGCUGCCCAGAUGA